AUGGUAUUGCUGCCCCCUGAGGCUCGACAACAAUCUCAGCAGAUUCUCUAUUCUCUAUUCCAGCUCAGCUUGGUCACGCAUAAUCUUUCAGUUACUUCCUGCACCUCUCUUCCACUAUUCAUAUCAGCCAUUGUUGAUGGCGGCGGAGUUCCAACAACUCUGGAUGGACCCUUCAAGCCUGUGACCGUUCCUCUUGAUCAGAGCUUCCGAGCGGUUGACCUGCCAGAUACAGAUCCUCUGGUUCAAAGAACCGUUCAAGGGUUCCAGCCAGAACAAAUCUCUCUUUCACUCUCUGCUUCUCAUGAUUCUGUUUGGAUUUCUUGGAUUACAGGGGAAUUCCAAAUUGGGGACAAUAUAGAACCCUUAGAUCCUGAAACUGUUGCUAGCAUAGUUCAAUAUGGAAGGUUAGGAAGGUCCAUGAGACACAAUGCUACGGGCUAUUCCAUAGUUUACAGUCAACUUUAUCCUUUUGAAGGCCUUCAGAACUACACCUCUGGAAUUAUACAUCAUGUUCGUCUUACAGGAUUGAGACCCAACACACUAUAUCAAUAUCAAUGUGGCGAUCCUUCGUUGUCAGCAAUGAGUGACGUUCAUUAUUUCCGGACUAUGCCAGUUUCAGGCCCCAAGAGCUACCCUAGCAGAAUAGCAGUGGUUGGAGACUUGGGUCUUACAUACAAUACCACAUCCACAGUUGAUCAUAUGACCAGUAACCAUCCUGAUCUUAUUCUGUUGGUUGGAGAUGUUAGUUAUGCCAACCUCUAUCUUACUAAUGGCACUGGGGCAGACUGCUCCUCUUGCUCAUUUUCUAACACUCCCAUCCAUGAAACCUAUCAGCCUCGUUGGGAUUAUUGGGGAAGGUACAUGCAGCCUCUGAUUUCUAGUGUCCCGGUAAUGGUAAUAGAAGGGAAUCAUGAGAUUGAAGAACAAGCUGAAAACCAGACAUUUGUUGCUUAUAGUUCUCGAUUUGCAUUCCCAUCAGAAGAGAGUGGAUCAUCAUCCACUUUCUAUUAUUCUUUCAAUGCAGGAGGGAUACAUUUUAUAAUGCUCGGGGCCUACAUAUCCUAUGACAAAUCAGGGGACCAGUACAGGUGGUUGGAGAGAGACUUGGCUUCUGUUGACAGGGAAGUGACUCCGUGGUUGAUAGCUACAUGGCAUGCACCUUGGUGUAGCACCUACGGGGCUCAUUAUAGAGAAGCAGAGUGUAUGAGGGUAGAGAUGGAAGACUUACUAUAUAAAUAUGGCAUUGACAUUGUCUUCAAUGGACAUGUUCAUGCAUAUGAGAGAUCAAACAGGGUAUACAACUACACAUUGAAUCCUUGUGGUCCUGUUUAUAUCACGGUUGGAGAUGGUGGUAACAGGGAAAAGAUGGCAAUCACACAUGCUGAUGAACCUGGACAGUGUCCAGAACCAUCAACUACACCAGAUGACUAUAUGGGUGGAUUGAUACGCAAUCCACCCAUAAAACGUUAAUGAUACGCAAGAAAUUCAUUGUU